AUGCAAUUCUCUACUCCUUUCUUCGUUUUUGUCUCUGCUCUGCUUUUCCUGGUCCCUGCAGCCAGUGCUAUCGCUUGUGAUCCCUUGUCAGCUUGCAAUGGACAGAAUCACUACAAUGCCGGGCACUCGUGCAAGUUCUACACUGCGUAUCCACCAGUAGUGGCCUGUCGAGAUGUCACAAAGUCAUUGGUCCUAACUCUUGGCUUCCACGCAUUGCUUGCGCCCAUAAAAUGGUCUAGCUUUGAGAACGUACCGAUGUAUGACUGUUCCAUCCGCGGCCAAUCCGUGACAUUGAUUUCUAGGAUGAUGUCCUCAGAUCAACAAUCGGAAUCGCAUCACGGUGUGAAAGUACCUAAGAGCGAAGACCCGGUGGCCAUAUUACCUGAAUCAGAAGAGUCAGUUAUUGUGGCGUUCCCAGAGGCGUGUCUUACGCAUGCCUUUGAUACUACCGACAUCUUGGGUGGUCGAGCACUCCUAGUUUCCCUCUAUCAGCCCUACUCAUUCAAUGUUUCUCGGGGGCAAAAGAAUGGAACCUUGCAUAUACCUCUAGCCGUGCGCACAGCGACGCUCGCCAGCAUCGUCAUGGUACAUGGGCCUAUCUUGGCAAAACAUGUCUACUCAUACUCCCUCAACCAUCCCUACUCGUGUGGUAUACCUCUUCUCCGGCUCGGAAUCGAACCUCUCUACGUUUGUAGCAGUACAAUUCUGCUACCGGUAUGGAGAGGCUUUCUCCUCGCAAUACGACUCAGAAACCCUACUAGCAGCGCCACUUCUGGUUCGCGUAAUCAGAUACGGACGGUGGAAGAGGCGAUUGGGACACUAAUGGGUGCAGCUAUGGGAGCAUGGGGUGGAUAUGUCCUCGGGAGGCAAUGGUUGCUUUGGUGA